UACUUCUCCAAAUAUUUUUUCGACCAACACCUUUCAGGCUGUUUCCACUUUACUCCCCCCAUACGAACCCUAAUUCACUGUAAUCACAAUUCGUGGAUAUGCGAAAAUGACGAAGAAAGCAUACAGCAAAAGAAGAAGAAAGUCGAUCAUCGGUUCUACUUCAUCGGAAAGCUCACAGGCGGCAGAAGAAGUAAUUGCGAGCAAUGAAGAUCUCCUUACAGAGAUUCUCUUACGCCUACCCGCCAAAUCCCUAAUCAGAUUCAAGUCCGUCUCCAAGAAUUGGCUCCAUCUCAUCUCCGAUUCUCACUUUGCCGUCAACCACUUUCGUCGAAUUCGCAAUUCCUCCAUGACCUCUGGCUUGUUCUUCUACUUCGACUAUUCUCGUUCAGAGCUUCACUCUGUCUCGCUUCACGACCACCCGUAUCGCAAUCUUCCCACUCUCUCCUUCCUCGACGAUGUUGGAGGAGAUCAUCCAUUUUGGAUUAGAAGCGCUUGCAACGGUUUAAUUUUGUGCCAGAACUAUCAAAUUGUUUGUAAUCGUUAUAGAAAAAAUUACAUUGUUUGUAAUCCAACUACCCAGAAAUUCACUCUACUUCCUCAACUUGAUUCUCUAAGUCUUUUAUAUGAAUCAUUGGGUGUUUACUUGGCUUUUGAUCCUUCAAAAUCACCUCACUACAAAGUUGUUUUCUUUCGGCCCUGUUAUCAAUUUGAUAUCUACUCUUCCGAGACUGCGUCUUGGAAACAGAUUACUGUCAGUGAAUGUGAACCACUACGUGAUUGCCUUGAAGGUGUGUUUUGGAAUGGGGCAAUCCAUUGGUUGAGUCACGAGGAUGUUCACUUUAGAUUUGACGUUGAUGAAGAGAAGCUCAUAAAAACCCAUAAUCCUCCAAGUCCUAAAAUUCUUUCUGUGGACAAGACUAGGUAUUUUGGGGAAUGUGGUGGUCAUUUGCUUCUUA